CGCCUUCGCGGAUGGCGCAUGCUCAGUAGCAGCGAAGGUGAGCGCGAGAUUCGCUCUGGCGCGGGGAGGCGGAAGGCGCCCGGUGUGCAGCCUCUGUCAGCCUCUGGGCGGCCGCGAUGGCAGCAGAGGCGGGGGAGGAGGGCCGCCGCCAGGCCGCCGCCAGGUGGGACUGGGGCUGCCCCGCCACCCGGGCCCGCCUGGAGGGGCUCUACCUGCCGGGCCAAGGCCAAGGCGAAGAGCGGGCCGAGUUCUGGGCGUUCUUCGAGCGGCUGCGCCGGCUGCGCCGCCCCCCGCGGGCCGCCCCGAGCCCCGAGGAGGCGGCGGAGGGGCGGGGCCCGGGCCCCCUGGGGCUGCCGCAGCCCUACGACGCCGGCCACCGCGCCAGCCUGUGGGUGCCGCAGCGGGGGGCGCCCGGAGAGCUGCCGCGGGCGCGGGCGCGGGAGUUCCGCCGGGCCCUGCGGCACUUCCUGGACUUCCGCCAGAAGCGGGGCUUCUCCCGCCUGGCCCGCCUGCAGCGGGAGCGCGCCGCCCUGCCCGUGGCCCGCUACCGGGAGCCGCUGCUCCGGGCCCUGGCGGGCAGCCCGGUGGUGCUGGUGGCGGGCGACACGGGCUGCGGCAAGUCCACCCAGGUGCCCCAGUACCUGCUGGCCGCCGGCUACCGCCACGUGGCCUGCACCCAGCCCCGGCGCAUCGCCUGCGUGGCCCUGGCCAAGCGGGUGGCCUACGAGAGCCUGCAGCAGUACGGUGACCAGGUGGGCUACCAGAUCCGCUUUGAGAGCACGCGCUCCCCAGCCACGCGGAUCGUCUUCCUGACGGAGGGGCUGCUCUUGCGCCAGGCUCAGCGGGACGCCACCCUGCCCGGCUACCAGGUCCUGAUCGCUGACGAGGUGCACGAGCGGCACCUGCAUUGCGACUUCCUCCUGGGGGUUCUGCGCCGGCUCCUGCCCGCCCGGCCCAACUUCAAGCUGGUGCUCAUGUCGGCCACCAUCAACAUCCGGCUCUUUGCCGACUACUUUGGCGGUGCCCCUGUGGUGCAGGUGCCCGGCCGGCUCUUCCCCAUCACGGUCCUCUACGAACCCAUCCCUGCCGGGGAGGAUGGCAGUAGGGGCCAGGGGCGGCUGGACCCCCGGCCUUACCUCCGAGUGCUCCAGGCCAUUGAUCACCAGUACCCCCCCGAGGAGAGGGGAGACCUGCUCGUCUUCCUCAGUGGUGUGGCUGAGAUCGGGGCCGUGGUGGAGGCUGCGCAGACCUACGCCAGCCACACCCAGCGCUGGGUGGUCCUUCCUCUGCACAGCACCCUCUCCGUGGCCGAGCAGGACAAGGUGUUUGACGUGGCCCCCCCCGGAGUCCGAAAAUGCAUCGUCUCCACCAACAUCGCCGAGACGUCAGUUACCAUUGACGGCGUCCGAUUUGUGGUGGACUCUGGGAAGGUGAAGGAGCUGAGCUACGAGCCCAAGGCCAAGCUGCAGCGGCUGCAGGAGUUCUGGAUCAGCCGAGCCAGUGCUGAGCAGCGCAAGGGGCGUGCCGGCCGCACAGGGCCCGGCGUCUGCUACCGGCUCUACGCCGAGUCGGACUACGAUGCCUUUGCGCCCUACCCUGUGCCGGAGAUCCAGCGGGUGGCACUCGACGCCCUGGUGCUGCAGAUGAAGCGCAUGGGGCUGGGGGACCCCCGAGCUUUCCCUUUCCUGGAGCCGCCCCCGCCGGCCAGUUUGGAGACGGCGGUGGGCUACCUGAAGCAGCAGGGCGCCCUGGACACGGAGGAGGACCUCACACCCAUCGGGAGCCUCCUGGCCGAACUGCCGGUGGAUGUGGUGAUUGGGAAGAUGCUGGUGCUGGGAACCCUCUUUGGCCUGGCCGCACCCAUCCUGACCACUGCGGCCGUCCUGAGCAUGCCGUCUCCCUUCCUGCGCGGCAGUGGAGGCAGCGACCCUGACCGGGCCACCAGCCGGCGGAGCCUGGAGAGCCCCCUGGGAGACCCCCUGACUCUGCUCAACAUCUUUGACACCUGGGUGCAGGUGAAGUCUGAGGAUCGCCGUGGUUCUCGCCGCUGGUGUCGGCGCCGGGGCCUGGAAGAGCACCGACUGUACGAGGCAGCCAACCUGCGGCGCCAGUUCCAGGAGCUGCUCCGGGACCAGCGGCUCCUGGAACCCGCCGCCCGGCCCAGGGACGCCUACGCACGGCAGAGCCGCCACCGGGAGCGCCGAGAGCUGCAGCGGCUCAAGCGGGAGCACGAGCGAGGGGAGGGCCGCCGGAGGAAGGUGCUGCGGCUGCCCGGCGAGGGGGGCGGCUCCUCCUCCUCGGGAGAGGAAGGGGCUGCGGAGCGGGGCCCUGACAUCCAGGACGUGAAGUUCCAGCUGCGCCACAAUGUGGAAGAGCUGCAGGCGGCCUCCUCCCUGGCCCGAGACCUCUCCCCGGGGCAACUGGCCCUCCUGCAGCUGGUGCUGGGGCGGGGCCUCUACCCCCAGCUGGCCAUCCCGGACCCCUUCAACAAGACCCGCAAGGACUCGGAGCAGGUCUUCCACACCAGGGACAAGGCAGGCGUCGUCCUCCAUCCCACCAGCGUCUUUGCCAGCUCUCCAGAGCUGCUGCAGCCGGCCCAGGAAAGCGGGGCUGAGCAUGGAGGCCGCAGAGGCGCCCAGGAGGGGCUGUGCAGCCGCCACCAGCUGCUGGCCUUCGUCUCGCUGCUGGAGACCCACAAGCCCUACCUGGUCAACUGCCUGCGUCUGCCCGCGCUGCAGGCUCUGCUGCUCUUGGCUCGCUCCCUGGACACCAACGCGGACUGCACGCGCAUCGUUGCCGACUCGUGGCUGGAGCUGCAGAUUCCCGGGGCCGAGACCGCCCUGCGCCUCCUCAGCACAGCCCUGCGGCUGCGCACCACCUGGGAGAAUGUCCUGGACCGCCAGCUGGGGAGCCGGGCAAGCCGAGGCCGGGCGGAGGAGGAGGAGGAGGAGGAGGAGGAAGCAGCAGCAGCGGAGGGGAAGAAGAGGCCCAGCGCCCGCGAGGUGGGCCGGCUCACGCAGGAGCUGCUGACCUUCCUGGAGGCGGAGGUGCAGUACAGCCUGCGGCAGAUGACGCCCCUGGAGCAGCAGCACUUGUACGUGGGCCCGCAGGUGGGGGCCGCUGGAGCGGAGGGGCCGCCCUGCCUCUUCCGAGGAGCGAAGGGGGUCCCCGACGAGGCCAAGGGCGGCUGCCGGGUUGGCGACUUCCUGACGUUCAACUGCCUGGCGGGCGAGGGAGACCUCUAUGCCGAGUGCCUCCGCACCUUCUGGACGUGUCCCCACUGCGGCCUCUACAUGCCCUUCACCCCACUGGAGCGAGUGGCCCAUGAGGACGCCUGCCAGGCCCCAGGCCCAGAGUGGGGGCUCAGCAUGGAAGGACCCCCUGCAGACCCAGCGGCCCCCUCCUCCUCCUCCGGGGCCCCUGCCGCCCUGAAGCAAGCGCACCCCUGUGCCACCUGCCAGAAGACCCUCUUCCUCACGCCUACCGAGAUCUUGCGGCACCGGAAGCAGCACCAGGCGCCCCCCUCGGAGCAGCCGCGGCUGGGAGGCCCUUCCUUCCCCGGGGAGCUGAAUCCUGGGCGGAAAAACAAGGAACAUCCUGAACAUUGAUGUGGUGCUAAGUUCCUGGGGGCCUGGUCAUUAAGAGAGACAUAAGCAAGGGAGACCCAGUCGGAAAGCAGGAAACAACUAUCGUCAUUAAUGGGUAUACAAGUAAUUGUAUCAGAUUGUUUGGGGUUUGUCUGGCAUAGGAUCUCCGCCACAGGCGAGAGGAGCUUUUGCACCCCCUUCCCCAGCUCGACAAAAUGGGUCGAAAGCCGAGCCUGGUGGCUGCCCCACAUGCCAGAGCAGUUUCCUGCCCUCCCCACACCCUCUUCUGGCUUCUGGGCUCCGGAGCAACUUCCCCAUCUACGGAGAUUGGGAGAUGUUUGAUGCUAAGCCAACACUCAUCAUGCAUCUUUAAUUAACAUGCAGUAAAGAAUCCUCAGCCAUUGA